AUGCUUUGGAUACCCUUCGUUAUAGGAGCAACUGUGGCCAACGAACUUAUAACGCUUUCACCAACAACUUCAGCGAACAAAGAUUCUGUUAACGUUGUUAAAACGUCUUCAGAAGAGCACAACGAUCACCAAUUGUUCAUAGAAGACGACAUUAUUUGCAACCAAGACGAGUGCUAUCCCAAGCUUUUUGAAGCUCAAGAAUACUGGCAAGAAGUUAGACCAGAACAACAAAUUGUAGCUGGUUUGGACAUCAGGAUGGACCUGGAAACAGGACUGCGGGAAGCCAAACUUAGCUCGAAGCCAAAAGAACAGAAAGAAGAUACCCAGAACUCUGAUGAAAACUCGAGCUACGAAUUUAGUCAAGAUUUCACCAAAAUCAGAGUUUCUCUUAAGACCAAAGAUUAUCCAACAAUCGAUGCAACGGUAGACGAUUUGCUCGAAUUCUCGCACGAUUUCAAACACGGCUACAAGAUUGUCAGCCACGAGUUUGGACUUUUGAAAUCACUGCUCAUGUCUGAGGACACCCCAUUGUCAAGCAAAGUGCUUGUUUCUAGCAUGUUGACGGCCUGUUUGCGCAACAACCCACCGGCUGUGUCGUAUGUCCAAAGCGUUGACCCAAGUUUCACUCAGGCCAUCUUUAGAGAAAUAGGUGGGCUGAUAACGGGGCCUCCCAAGGGCCAACGUGGUGUCCUGGUUAAGCGGUAUUUGUCUAUUGUGCAAGCCAUGUCCCAGCAUUCAUCAGAUCUCGACGAUUCCGUUCUACUAAGACUUUGCCAUUGGGGUGAUUCUCAAAUCAAGAUAAGAGCACUCGAGACUGCAUCUUUACUGUUUUCUGCCAGCAAUCUUGACUCUUUACAGAAAAGAUCGAGUCAUUCCGCACAUGAAGCCCAGAAAUGGGUUGACGAGUUCGCCAUGGGAAUUCAAGACCAGGACGUAGAUGAAUUGCAUGUCCGCAAUUUCCUUAACAGCCUGCAACGGAUCAAACAGGGAUUUGGGAAAAGCGUCAAAGUCGAUUCUUCCUUCCUCAACUGGCUGGCCAAAGAGUCCGAGCACAGGCAACAGCGUCUCAGCAACGGCUUGCAGGAAAGAGAUCUCGAGCAGGACGAGUUUGACAGAGCAUUGAUAGACAGCAGACACUUGGUGUUUGGUAAUCCUCUUGCCCAACGCAUCAAGAGAUUCGACGACGAGCUUUAG